UUUUCCGAACGCGUUCUCUUCGGCGAUGUGCUCCGGGUGUCUGGAAGCCCUGCCCUGGUGAGGGAAGCCGCGGCCGACAUGAACAAUAAAAACGAUAACAAAUGGAGGCCGAUGGCCAUUUCCAACCCAUCCACGCGCCUAAGACUCGCCAGAAACAUGCCACAGUGGGUGUACAAAAGCGGGUCAGGGGCGCCGCCUCCGCCCGUUCCGCUGGAAGAGAAGACCCACCCGCCAUUUUCCAAAAAUCUGCCAGAGCCGGACUACGAAGUGAUCGAGUUCGGGCAGCAGUAUUCAAACGCCCCGCCACUACCCAUAAAAAACGAGUCGAAGCGCGAUGGUAAACACUGCCAACUGUGCGGGUCCUCCAACCCAUCCGUCAGGUGCGACCAUUGCGUCCAGAUCUUCUGCCUUUCGUGCGACGACAUGUACCAUCGCCACCCCAAGCGUCAAACCCAUGUCCGGAGGGCUAUGGAGUCGGCUAUCCGCCCCCCUCUGCCCCCCAAAGGAGAGACCCACUCGGCCCCCGUGCCGCCCCCUCGCCGCCACCGCCGCGCCGGCUCCAUCGGGCCGUCCCCAUGUCCCAGCCCCACCCCUCUCAGACACAAUCAGGGGGUACCCACCCUCCCCAGGAAGGACAAUAGCUUCUCUUUCAAAGAGAAGAUGAAUAAUUUGAAACGGAUGGUGGGGGCAAGGCCCCUCCCGCCGACGCCGGUCUCGCCCAAUCACACUCGACAGGUGUCGCCGAGUCCGCCGAGGCUGGAUCGGUACAACCGCGGCUUUGACGCACCAAGUCCGAGUCCCUCGUUGCAGCAGAGGUAUAGACAGCACCAGCUGGCGAUGAGGGGGACCACGCCCAAUUUGUCGAGCCCCGGCUCCGACUUCGACAAGCCCCCUAGUCGGGAUAGCGGCUACCCGGACUGGGAAAACGAGCAAUGGAACAACUCGCGGUUCCGGUCUGGGAGCAUCUCGGGCUCGGAAAGCGGUAGUCGCUUGAGGAAACUCAGCAACACGUCGUGUCCGCCGCCCAGGAGUAUGCCCCAUAGCGCGUCGGUCUUUGACUUGAAUAAUACCAUGCCGCAUCACCACCACCAUCACGGCUUCAUGCCCAUGCAACAAGCGCAAUCCAUGGCGCAGUUGAACUGUCCCACGUGUUACCAGGGCCAGUGGGUUGACUGCGCGAUGUGUGAUCAGAGAACUGGGAGCAACUUGAGUUUGAAUGUGGCGCCGGGACCAUACCCGGUUAACCCCAUGUGGAUGGGUACUUGGCAUGGUCCGCCUCCGAGCGCCAUGUACCCGUACCCCGUACCCAUGGGACACGUGCACCACCACUCCCGUCCACCCUCACCCACCCACAGCAUCAAAUCCCGAAAAUCGUCUAUGAGCAAGAAGAGUCGCAGGAAGUACCACGAGAGUGACGACGAAGACGAAAUUGAAGAAAGAAGAUCGAUUUUCAGUCACAGUGAAAGAGAAAGGAAGAGGUACCCGGAGAGGCAACGCUCGAAUCGCGAGACGGCGUCCAUACCGAGAGAAGUACCACCACCAAGAAGGAACACCAUUGACAGGAUCGAACGAGUGUCCAACAUAAGACGCGGAUCGUCCAGCGAGAGCGACGACGAACACUCAGAAAGUCAAAAAGAGAACGAACUUAACAGAAAAACCUUCCCCGAGACCGCAAUUGAAGAAGUAAAAGUGGAACCAGAGGAAGACGACGUUAAAGUACUACCAGAAGUACCGGCGUUGAGCUGGGAGUGCGAGCACUGUACCUUCGUCAACGAACCCGGAACCAAAGUAUGUCUGAUCUGUUGUAAAACAGCCACCAUUAACGUAAAACUCGUGCAAAGCGAAGAAGUGCUGAAACCCCAGCCCAAAGUCAAGUCCUCAGAGCAGAAACUGCAAAGAAGUCGCUCGAGUGACGACUAUAGUAAAGAUUACAGCGAGACUGAGUCGCUAUUGAACAAACUCGGCAAGUUAAAAACGAACGAAGUUAAAGAAGAAGAGAAGAAAGGAAAAGAAGACGUGUCUGCUAGUGCGAGUGAAAUGGAUGACAAAGCUCCUGCGGAAAGUGUUAGUGGUGUUAAAAGUGUCGGUACCGCGGAUGAUAGUGCUAAAAGUGAUAAAGUGACCACCGGAACGUCGCCGCCCCCGCAAAACAUGUCCACACAAACCUACGAGGACGUCCCUCAGGACGCUCCUAAAUCCCCCCGUGGCCGCCCCACCAGCCGGAACAAUCGCCGAAGAGACCUCCGCCGCUCCAACUCCCUCCACAUGACAAGCGCCCGCCGCAGCUCCGAGUGGUCUCUGCGCAGAUCCUCCAGCCGCCAGUCCUUCACCACCGACUCUCAGAGCUUGCCAGGUAGUAGAGAGCAAAGUCCUUCGCCCUACGAUUACGGAGACGAGAACGUAGAGCGUCUCCUGUCGAGGGAUCGAAGACCCACAAUGAACCGAUCCUAUUACAGCAUCAUGGAUCUGCGCAAGCCCGAACUCUACCGGGAACCUCCAUUUUACAGGAACGACUAUCCAAGUCACCGCGCACGCGCCGACUCGUUGGACUUCACCGAGAACGGGUUUCACAGCUUCAAGUCGCAGGGGAUGGAGCUGGUCAAGCUGCUGCGGGAAGCCGAGCAGUACAAGUACACGGCCGACGAAGUCCAGGCGGCUCUGAGCCACUGCAAAGAUAUGAACCCGAUUGAUUGGUUGCGCCAGAAUUGGGACGCCACUAUCGCGAGUGUUCAGACCCUGGCGACCCAGAUGGGGCGCGAGGGUCCCAUGAACAUCGUGGGUACGGUAUCGGAGGAGGAGGCCAGAGCUGCACUGAGACUACACAAGGGGAACUUGUGGCCGGCCGUGACCGAGUGCGUGGAACAAAGACAACGCAAGUACGCGGAGUUGGCGUCGAGAGGGGACUUCAGCCGAGAGGACAUCCUCACGGUACUUACCGCGAACCACGGUGACUUGGAAGCCGCGUUUAACGAGCUGAGUAAGACUCAACUCAAGCCGUUUUUAAUGCGGAUUUGGGGACCGCCCGUCGGUACGGAGAACGAAGCAGGUAAUCAGGGGGCGACUUUGGAGAAAAUAAGGGGCGAAGAUGUUGAUAUUGAGCGAAGCGAUAAGGAAAUGGCCAAAGCGGUAAGUCCCACUCAUAGUAAAACGCCCCCUAUUCAAACCCCAGAAGAGGAAUUAAAAAAAACUCAAAAUUUUGAAACUCUCGACACUAUAGAAUCCGAAGUUUUAAAAAACUUACAAGAUAUUAACAACCUUAGUGAUAGUUUAGAAGUUAGUGACGUUAAAGAACCCCCCGUUAAAACUAAAGUUUACGUGGAGAAAAGUAGUACGGUAAUCCAAGUGCUAGACCAUAACUAUGACGUUCCUGAAGCUGAAAGAGACGAGAAAGUCGAGUCGGACUACAGCGACACGGAGAGCAGCGAUGAAGGAAAUCGGCCGGAGGACUUCGUGGAUGCUGUGAGUGAAGUCCCGAAUCAGUCCAUACACAUGCCGCUGUCAAAAAGAAAGAGCAUUAGUACUUUGAAUAUCACUUUGAGUAGUACCGGAGAACCCGAGAAGGUUGAACCCGCUCCUAAAGCCAUACCUUUGGUUAAAAGUAGCACCGAAAUUAGGAUGGUUCAACCUGGGACUUCCAAAAGUACCGACGACGUUGUACUUGAAAGUACUGCCGCUAUCAAGUUGCAAAAUAAAGCACCAAAAAACGAUGACGUGGAGGUCUCGCAGGGUAAACCAAAGCAGAAUCUGGAGACCUCCGACGAGCAACUUAAAGGUGGUUCUGAACGUACUGUUCAAGGAAAAGAAAAUCAAGCGUUAAGUUCUUCAUCUAAUUUAGCUGGUACUAGUUUGGAAGCAGGAGACAUAAGUGGUACUCUUGAAGAUGAUUCGAAUACUAUAAAUGCUGAAGCUGACCAAGUUGAUUCUAAAGAACCGCAGUCGAAAAUUCAACAAAAUCUGAUUUCUGAUUCAAAUGACACUGAGGCACAAAAAUUUGCAAAAGAAGAUUCCUCUAUGGUUUCAGCAGUUAACGACAAUGUUGAAAAUGUAGACUUAGAAGAAGCAAAAAUGGAACAAAUUGUUGAUAAAGAAACUUUUAGAGAGCAGAAAGAAGAGGCUCCAAGUACGAACCAAACUGUGGAGGUACCAAAUUUGUCGGAACCGUCACUUGAAAGUACAACCUCUGAAGUAAAAGUUGAAGAACCAGAACUUAUUAAAGAUCAAGAAUUGAAUACAGAGGUUGUAACUCUUGACGAUGCAGCUUCUAUAAAUAAAGAAGUUACAGAAGAUCUAGAGACUGCAGCAGAAUCAAAAUCAUCUGUAAAUACAGACAUCGAAAGAACAGAAAGUCCUUCAGCUGUGUCAAGCUUACCUCCUAAAACUCUAGAGACCACUAGAACCAAAAGCCCCUCUACUUUAACUACGAAAACUCCAAAACCUCUUUCUCCAGCUCGAUCUCCUACUAUUCUAGAACCCCCUAGAACCAAGAGUCCUUUACCUGUGUCAACCCUAUCUCCUAAUGUUCUCAGGACGACUGAAACCAAAAGCCCUUCACCCAUAGCCCAGAAUUACCUAAAAUCUCUUUCCCCGUCGAGACUGUCUCCUGGUAUUCUAGAAGGCGUCCGAACCAAAGCACCAAAUGUUCUAAAAACGUCCGAAUCAUCCUUCGAUCUCUCCGAAGACCCCACCAAAAAGACUCCAUCGCCGCUGCCCCCAGCCACCACAGACGAAAGUAGCGCAAAAUCGGCACCCGAAAAACCAGACGGCAUAGCAUCCCCAACCCUCGACAGCAAACCCCCUCUAACCAAAAAACAGAAAAAGUCCCAAAAACGGGCAAAACGCCGGGCCCAAAGAAGAGCGGCUCGCCGGGGUUCCUCCAGUACCACGGAAUCGAGCAGCGACAAACCGUCCACUGAGACCGACAGCGAACCCGUGAAGGAAGAAACCAAAGAAGAAAUAAAACAAGAACCUGCGGCGGCGACCUUCACCCCAGCGCCAGAAAGCAUUGAACCCCAUCCAAAAACGUCAACAACAGUACAAAUAGCACAAAAUAAACAAACCGUACUUCCUGUUCCGCCUAAAAGACCGUCCAGAAUACCGAUUUCGCGUCAGCGAUCUAUUUCGAAGAGUGACCCGAAGUCGCCAGAUGUGCAAUCUGGUAGUAAAAUACCGAUUAAAACUGGCACUAGCCAGAUUCCGGUUAAAAAUAAACAAAGCGAUAACAAUCAAGGCGAGAGAGAGAAUAAGAGUGAGGUUAACGACAUCGCUGCCGCGAAAGCAACAAACAAGGAAAAAAGUGGCAUCCCUGUGAAGAACAACGAAGUAGAAGAAGAAAAGGGGAAAGCGGAUGUGGUUGCUGCGGUUGUAAAUGAAGAAACCGAACCACCGAGCAGCGAAAAACCGGCGGAAGAUGCGUCCAAGAAAACCGAAGAAGAAGACAAAGGGAGUGAGCGACCCUUGAUCCAGAAGCGCACGUCUGAAGAAAUCGAACAAGAGAUGAAGCAAGGCGUCCAGGUGGUCAAAGACAUGAACAAGCAGCUAAGCGGUAGUCACAAAAAAGGCAGCUUGAGUUCUUUCCGCAACAGCUCGGUGGAGUCCACCACGAGUUCUAAGCAACUCUCGUACACGAAAUCGCUAGACAACGAUAGUGACUCGUCAGUUUCUGAUAGUAACGUGGAGGAAUUGCUCGACCCGAGCACUGACGAAGACAGCUACGAGGACUUUGAAGAGUACGACGAAGUGGAGGAAUCGGACACCGAGGAUUACAACGAGUUCGAUAAAAAGAAUAGCGAGAUUGUGAACUCUUUGAAUAUCAAUUUGAAGCAAAUUAGUGCGAAGGUGAAGAAAUUGACUACGAAUUUGAAGGACCAGAAAGGGAGUGACUACUAUGAGGAGACGUGUGAGUCGGAGGAGUACGAGUCGGAAGAAGAGGAAGACAAUAAAAUCGAUAUAAACGUUGAAGUUAAACAACCGAGUGAGAUUGAAGUGAUGGAGAGACAGGCGCGGAGGUUCUUAGCCGAGGGUCAAGUCGACAAUUACCAACAAGCGGAGUUGGCUGUGAGUCUCAUGGCGCUCAAGUUCUCGACGGAAGAAGCGCUAGAGGCUGUUAAGGAUUGUCCGACUUUGGAUGCAGCGAUUGCGUACUUGCAACAAGAUUGUGAGUUGUGUGCUGGGAAGUACCCUGUGAACCAGAUCGUGUCGAUGUUGAAAUGUACCCACCGGUGUUGCCAAGAGUGCGCCAAAAACUACUUCACUGUCCAAGUCACCGAUAGGUCCAUUAUGGAUUGCACUUGUCCUUUUUGUAAACAACCAGAGCUCACUAGUACCGAGACUUCUGAAGACGACGUCUCCGACUAUUUCGCAAACUUAGACAUUCUUCUGAAGGGUAUUCUAGACGCCACCGUCCACGAGCUAUUCCAAAGAAAACUAAGAGACCGGACUUUAAUGCAAGACCCUAAUUUCAAGUGGUGCGUCAAAUGUUCGUCGGGCUUCAUCGCCAAUCCUCGCCAAAGAAGACUUGUCUGUCCGGACUGCAAAGCCAUGACGUGCGCCAAUUGUGGCCGAGCGUGGGAAAAGCAACACGAAGGUAUAAGUUGCGAAAAAUUCGCAGAGUGGAAGGACGCCAACGACCCCGAGAAUCAAGCCACUGCAGUCGCCAAACACCUCGCCGAGAAUGGCAUCGACUGCCCUAAGUGUAAAUUUCGGUACUCCCUGGCUCGCGGGGGCUGCAUGCAUUUCACCUGCACCCAGUGCAAGCACGAAUUUUGCUAUGGGUGCGGAAAACCGUUCAUGAUGGGGGCCAAGUGCGGGGUGAGCCAGUACUGCGCCAAACUGGGUCUGCACGCCCACCACCCCCGUAACUGUUUGUUCUAUUUGAGGGACAAAGAGCCCGCGGAACUGCAGCGACUGCUCAAAGAGCACCACGUCCACUUCGACACUGACGCCCCCGCCGACAAGGAGGACAACGCCAGCGCCGCCGCCAAGUGCGCCAUUCCCCUGCAGCGCGAGACCCCCAGCGGGCUCGUGGACACCGUCUGCAACAACGAGGUGACCCCGGGCCAGGGCGGCCUCUGCAGGAUGCAUUAUUUUGAGUAUUUGUGUAAAUUGAUACGAAAGCACGGCCUCGAAACGAUCGAUCUCUUAUCCGCCGACGACCUCGAAACGGUCGUCAGACGCGCCGCCAAGAAACUGCCGCCGAACGCUUACGGGACGCCCCGGGAAAUGCUGCAUUACAUCGAGUAUUUAGUUGGGCUCAUUGGCAGACACAAACUGGACCCGAUCACGAUCCUGGACUUGGUGGAGGUGAGUCAGGAGUUGAGGAGGCGCGGCAAAGACUUGCCAGAACGGUCGGCGACGUGUAACGACCAGGAGUAUAGAAAUUUGUGCGUGAAGAUUGUCAAGGAACAAAUUCCACUGGAUUGAACAUAUUCUAACAAGCCUUAAACUUUCCUAACUGAAGAAAUUUUCCACCAGCUAAUACAGUGUGAUUGUUUUAAAUGUUAUUUUAUAAAUAAAAUAUCUUUAGUAGGUUUUUAUUCAUUCAUUUUAUUUAGCCAGCGACUGCAAAAACUGUGCCAGGUUAUUUUUAGGCGCCUUAAGCUGACUGCUUUGUUUCAACAUCGAGU